AUGCCUACUGAACGCGAAAAUAUCGAAGAACAAAUUAAAAAUGCCAUUGCCACGUACGAACGCGAUAAAUCACAAAAAAUUCGCCCUCUAGCAGAGGCAUUUGAUGUGCCUUACCAACGGCUCCUUCGACGCGUCAAAGGGCUACCUGGGCGAAAUUCUACCAAGCCAGUUAACUAUGCACUUGAUAAGCAUCAGGAGAAUGCACUCAAACACUGGAUUGAGCGAUUAGAUCAAGCUGGAGUGCCUCCAACAGCUAAAAGGAUAGAAAAAAGUGCCAACUUGAUCCUACAGCGUGCCCAUACGGACCCAACUAUCCCUCCCAAAAAAGUCAGCAAAGAAUGGCCAUAUCGCUUUCUUGAACGCUUAGGACCUGAAUAUACACGGCUUAAACAAAGGCCAAGGGAUCCAAAGCGCCUACAAUCUCAGGAUCUUGGGAUAAUUCAGAACUGGUAUGAUCGGUUAGAGAUCCUCCUUAAACAGUAUCAGAUCCAGCCCCAGGACCUCUAUAAUUUCGAUGAAAUUGGCUUUAUGGAGGGCCAGGGCCGUGGAGAAGUGGUAAUCACUAAAUAUCCAUCAAGAGCGCAACAUCCUGGUGCCUCUUUUUCUCGUGGUUUAAUCUCUGUUGUGGAGUGUAUUUCUGCAGAUGGAUCGGUCCUUCCUCCCUGCAUCAUUCUCCCGGGAAAGGGCCAUCUAGAGGACUGGUAUACGCAUUCAGAUAUGCCAGGAAACUGGAUACUGGGCGUCUCACCAAAUGGCUAUAUAUCCGAUGAAAUAGCCUUUGAAUGGAUUAAACAUUUCGACAAGCAUACUAAGCAGCGAUGUGCUGGUGUUUAUCGGCUGCUUCUUAUGGAUAAUCAUGGAUCUCACCUCACGUAUGAAUUCAUUGAAUACUGCGAGAAGAAUCGGAUUCUUCUCUACUCCUUCCCACCACAUGCAACCCAUUUUUUGCAGCCUUUAGAUGGAAAGCCAUUUAAACAGUACAAACACUAUCAUGGGCAGGCUGUCACUGAGGCUGCUAUACUUGGAUGGAGUGAUUUUGAGAAGCGGGAGUUCCUUACAGUACUACCAGGUAUUCGGAAGGAGACAUUCAAGACCCAUACUAUCCAAUCAGCCUUUAGAGAUUGUGGAAUCUUCCCUUUUGACCCCUCUCCUGUUAUGGACGAUCUGGAGAAACAAGCAGAGCCCAUUCCAGAUCUACAAAUAUGGGAUGGUGACUCUACCUCUAGUGGUUCCGCCCAGAGCUCUCCUAAAACCAUCAGGCAACUCCGGAAAGAAAUCUCUAAGGCUCGGGCAUCCUUGGAUAAGAUUGAUGGUCAUCUAUCUGCUUUAUCACCAGGCUUAAAUAGGCGUUUGGAGAGGAUAUUUAGUGGUGGUCUAACUCAGGCGGAAUCCAGUGAUCAAACAGCCAUGGAGUUGGACCGAUAUCUCAAAGCUGCAGCACACCAAUCUAAGCCAAAAUCUCGUCGACAAGUUCCUGGACUUAGCCACUCUGGUGUACUAUCAGUGCAGGAUGCCAACAGGCGAAUUGGUGCCCGAAAGAAGGCAGAAGAAAAGAAGGAAGGGCGGCGACUUGGACAGUCUAUUAGGACUUCUUUGGCCACCACUCACCGCAGAUAUGACCGAUUGGAGCUAUGGAUGAUGGGAAUUGAUGAAAAUGCCGACCAGGAAACUAUUGAUAGUAUUUUAAACAAAAACCGAUGA